UCCCGGAAAUGAUUCGUUGGCAUUGGCAACGUUUUAGCAGGUCUAACGGCGAACACACAGUCUGUGAAUAAAGAAACCGAAAGGAGAGGUAAUAAAAAGAGAAUCCAGCUGAGGACUUCUGAACCUUUGUAUCCUUCACUUCCACUCACCAUAGAGGAGCGAGGAGAGAGUACAGACUGCAAACAGAAUGACCAGCUCAUCUGCUCCCAGGAUGGUGAAUAGUUACAAGCGGACUUCAAGCCCUCGAUCGCCCACUAACAGUGGGGAGCUCUUCACUCCUGCACAUGAGGAAAAUGUGCGCUUUAUACAUGAUACUUGGCAGUGUGUGCUCAGAGACAUCAGAUCAACACAAAAUAGUGAACGUAAUGACCGUGGACCACAGGAGUAUGUGGAGAAGAACCCAAAUCCUAACCUACAUUCUUUCACACCGGUGGACCUGAGUGACCUCAAGAAACGCAACACACAGGACUCCAAGAAGUCCUAGUCUUUCUCAUGAUGGUCCAGUCGCUUUUUUUUUCUCCACCCAUUAUCCUUGCGAACUUUUCCUCCAUCAGCCCUCUGUCAGCCAGAAAGUCAGCCCUGUUGGCCAAUCUUAGCACAGAACUCCGAGCUUGUCUCUAAACUCUGGACCAUAGAAACCCUGUCUCUUUCUUUAUCCUCUACAACUGACUAAGAAGAAAAGAACUGGGAUUUCAGGGAGCACAAACUCUCCCCUCUCUUGGUUCAUCGGUUUUUCAGGUCACAGAAUCUUCAUGUGUACAUUGUUUAUGGGACUGAUGCAAACUUUCAUCACAAUUUGCUGACAUCUGAUGCUGAGGUAUAAACUGUUGCCACUCGCCACAGGACAAAAAAGACUGCAGUCUUAAAUACAAACCCUGUUUUCUUUACUACUGCUACUUAUAUGACUUUGGAGGAAAAUGCGAAAGGGCUGACAUCUUUUUUUUUUUUUUUUUUUUUUU